CAUCGACACUCGAUAUUGACCAAUUCUAGUCGCAACUACUUAAUUUUAUACUCGCCAAGUUCUUACUGUCAGAAUCGCAAACAUGGAUAUCGACGACGAGGAUGACUUUUAUGUGCCAGAUGAGCCAAAGACCGAGACCGCAGCUCCAGAGGAUAAGAAGCCAAAAGCAGAUGAUCUAGAAGAAGGCGAAGAAGAGGAUGAGGGUGCCGCUAUGGAUGAGGACGAUGACUCUGAUGAGGACGACUCGGACAUCGACAUCAUCACAGAGCGCAAAGAUGGCACAAAACCAGCACCACCACAACAGUCCAAGUACAGCGAUAUUCGAAACAUCCCUCAAAGAACAGCGUCAAGCGAUGUGCCAACACAACCUGCGCCAGCACGCAAGGACUCCGAAUCACGACCAUCUGUCAACGUUGCUGCGCCAAGCGCCGACAAGACUUCUGCUGCGGCAUCUAAAUCAACGAUAGACGUGAACGUAAACCCGAUCCACCCUGGGACAGGAAAGCCUAUCACUCAGGUCAACAUUGACGAAGAUCUACCAGACAGUGACAAGCCAUGGCGGAAACCCGGUACCGAUAUUAGCGACUACUUCAACUACGGUUUCGAUGAAUUCACAUGGGCCCUUUACGCUUCCAAGCAAGAGACCGUUCGGGGAGAAUUCGGAGCUGAUGUCUUUGCCCAGAACAAUAAGAAGAUGAUGGAAGACUUCAACAUGAUGAUGAUGGGCGGUAUGGGUAUGCCAGGAGCCGGCAACUCGGGUGCUCAACAAGGGGGGAUGCCUGGUGGAAUGGACGGCAUGCCUCCUGAAAUGCAAGCCAUGAUGCAGCAGAUGAUGGCAUCAGGUAUGGACCCGAGCCAAAUGGAUCCCAGUCAGAUGAACGCCAUGUUCUCCGGUAUGCAAAACGCUGGAGGAGCGGGUGCACAAGGAGCACAGGGUGGCCAAGGGGGCAACUUUGGCGGUGGUUUCGGCGGCAAUCAAGGUGGUUUUGGGUAUGAUCAAAAUAUGUCUGGAGGUGGAGGCGGCGGCGGCGGCCGGGGAGGAUUUGGGGGUCGCGGACGUCGAGGGAGAUGGUAGUGGCCUCUCUCUGAAGCCGUCCCUUUUGAAUUUCCACAGACCAAAACUAAUUGGCUUUGUCGAUUUGUUAAUGGGGGAACCUGGCGUUAGGGCAUUUUGCCGAUAGGCAUGGGACCAUGAUAGAUUGGCUCUCUUCACGAGCUACUCUGAAGAACGAGUUAUCACUGAGUGUAGGCUUGAAUACACGCCUUGAACUUGUCUCUGUACCUACAGAUUAUACCCAAGAAGAAAAAAACUAGCUAAGCUUCACUUCAACGAUCUUCGCUGGCUCUGUCUUCCCAUCCACAGGCACUGCAUUUGCUCCAGAAGUCGAAACGUACAGAACUCCCCCGUCCUCACCAAGCACGCACACUGUUGAGCCUGCGACGUCGAACGCCUUUGCUUCGCCUGCCACCACGACAGCGUCUCCGCCAGUAGCGUGGAUUCGUACCACCGUGUUGGAUAUGUUGGUGCACACGUACAUGGUCCCAUCGUGAGCUACAGCGAAAUCAUCCGCGACAAGUCCCGGCGCAAGCGUUUCAACAGGACCUGCAGCCUGGGCUUCUUGUGUAACGGGUACGCGGUAUACACAGAAACGGCUUGUCGCCGUGUAAUAGACAUGAGUUUGCUCUGAGAAGCGAUGGAUUUUGAUACCAUUAAGGCCAACUUGAAAAGGGGCAUCAGCUGG